ACCUUUGAUAAAAUGCGAACUCUUGUGCUAGCCGCAGCUACUCUUUUCAUUUUGACAGUUGUGGAUGCAAAAUGCAAAAUGCAACAUGUUAAGCCGUUUAAUAGAUGCCUUGCCAGUGGCUUCAAAUCUGAAAUAGAAGACUGUGUGGCUACAGGAGAGGGCAAAUUGAGGAAAUGGCAGACGAAGAGGUGUGCGCAGGUGGAGGAGAUCUUGAAGAAAUGUGACUACACUUGUAAAACAGUUGAAGGUGGAUGGAGUGACUUUGGAGAGUGGUCUGUCUGUUCUGCUGAAUGUGGAGGAGGUUCUCAAAGCAGGAGUAAGACCUGUACAAACCCCAGUCCUGAUAACGGAGGGAAAGAAUGCGAGGGGGAAGAUGAGGAAUCGAGGACUUGCAACCCUGAUCCCUGCCCAGUUAACGGUGGAUGGACUGACUUUGGAGAGUGGUCGGUCUGUUCUGCUAAAUGUGGAGGAGGUUCUCAAAGCAGGAGUAAGACCUGUACAAACCCAAGUCCAGCGAACGGAGGACAAGAAUGCGAGGGGGAAAAUGAGAAGUCGAGGACUUGCAACCCUAAACCCUGUCCAGUUGACGGUGGAUGGAGUGACUUUGGAGAGUGGUCGGUCUGUUCUGCUAAAUGUGGAGGAGGUUCUCAAAGCAGGAGUAAGACCUGUACAAACCCAAGGCCAGCGAACAGAGGACAAAAAUGCGAGGGGGAAAAUGAGGAGUCGAGGACUUGCAACCCUGAACCCUGUCCAGUUGACGGUGGAUGGACUGACUUUGGAGAGUGGUCGGUCUGUUCUGCUGAUUGUGGAGGAGGUUCUCAAAGCAGGAGUAAGACCUGUACAAACCCAAGUCCAGCGAACGGAGGACAAGAGUGCGAGGGGGAAGAUGAGGAGUCGAGGACUUGCAACCCUGAACUCUGUCCAGUUGACGGUGGAUGGAGUGACUUUGGAGAGUGGUCGGUCUGUUCUGCUGAUUGUGGAGGAGGUUCUCAAAGCAGGAGUAAGACCUGUACAAACCCAAGUCCAGCGAACGGAGGACAAGAAUGCGAGGGGGAAAAUGAGGAGACGAGGACUUGCAACCCUGAACCCUGCCAUGGGUUCAGUCUGGUAGAUGAAAAUGGUGAAGCCGUCGGCGCUGGAGUUCUAGGGUUAUUGCUUAGCAAUGGAGGAACAGUUUGUGACGAUGAUUUCACUGAUAACUCAGCUGAUGCUAUUUGUAAAGAAAUGGGAUACUUCGGUCAAAUGAGCUGGUCAUUCGGUUCCAAGUGGGCCAUUCAAGCGGGGUUCGAAAUAACUCUCGACAACGUUGUCUGUAGCAGUGGUGAUUGGAGCUCAUGCUCGUUUGCAUUCGUUGACGAUUGUACUCACGGAGAAGAUGUGUUUCUACAAUGUGAAGGAGUUGUUGCCGGUGGAUACACAGACCCAGAUUGGUCUGAAUGUUCAGCUUUUUGUGGAGAAGGUGAACAAAGCAGAACAAGGACUUGCACUAACCCUGCUCCGGCUAACGGUGGUGCAGAUUGUGUUGGGGAAGCGGUUCAGACUCAACCUUGCAAACUCAAUGAAUGUCCAGAGUUAAGUCUGGUAGAUGAACAUGGUGAAGCCGUCGGUGCUGGAGUUCUAGGGUUGCUGCUCAGCAAUGGAGGAACAGUUUGUGACGAUGAUUUCACUGAUAACUCAGCUGAUGCUAUUUGUAAAGAAAUGGGAUACUUCGGUCAAAUGAGCUGGUCAUUCGGUUCCAAGUGGGCCAUUCAAGCGGGGUUCGAAAUAACUCUCGACAACGUUGUCUGUAGCAGUGGUGAUUGGAGCUCAUGCUCGUUUGCAUUCGUUGACGAUUGUACUCACGGAGAAGAUGUGUUUCUACAAUGUGAAGGAGUUGUUGCCGGUGGAUACACAGACCCAGAUUGGUCUGAAUGUUCAGCUUUUUGUGGAGAAGGUGAACAAAGCAGAACAAGGACUUGCACUAACCCUGCUCCGGCUAACGGUGGUGCAGAUUGUGUUGGGGAAGCGGUUCAGACUCAACCUUGCAAACUCAAUGAAUGUCCAGAGUUAAGUCUGGUAGAUGAACAUGGUGAAGCCGUCGGUGCUGGAGUUCUAGGGUUGCUGCUCAGCAAUGGAGGAACAGUUUGUGACGAUGAUUUCACUGAUAACUCAGCUGAUGCUAUUUGUAAAGAAAUGGGAUACUUCGGUCAAAUGAGCUGGUCAUUCGGUUCCAAGUGGGCCAUUCAAGCGGGGUUCGAAAUAACUCUCGACAACGUUGUCUGUAGCAGUGGUGAUUGGAGCUCAUGCUCGUUUGCAUUCGUUGACGAUUGUACUCACGGAGAAGAUGUGUUUCUACAAUGUGAAGGAGUUGUUGCCGGUGGAUACACAGACCCAGAUUGGUCUGAAUGUUCAGCGUUUUGUGGAGAAGGUGAACAAAGCAGAACAAGGACUUGCACUAACCCUGCUCCAGCUAACGGUGGUGCAGAUUGUGUUGGUGAAGCGGUUCAGACUCAACCUUGCAAACUCAAUGAAUGUCCAGAGUUAAGUCUGGUAGAUGAAAAUGGUGAAGCCGUCGGUGCUGGAGUUCUAGGAUUGCUGCUCAGCAAUGGAGGAACAGUUUGUGACGAUGAUUUCACUGAUAACUCAGCUGAUGCUAUUUGUAAAGAAAUGGGAUACUUCGGUCAAAUGAGCUGGUCAUUCGGUUCCAAGUGGGCCAUUCAAGCGGGGUUCGAAAUAACUCUCGACAACGUUGUCUGUAGCAGUGGUGAUUGGAGCUCAUGCUCGUUUGCAUUCGCUGACGAUUGUACUCACGGAGAAGAUGUGUUUCUACAAUGUGAAGGAGUUGUUGCCGGUGGAUACACAGACCCAGAUUGGUCUGAAUGUUCAGCUUUUUGUGGAGAAGGUGAACAAAGCAGAACAAGGACUUGCACUAACCCUGCUCCGGCUAACGGUGGUGCAGAUUGUGUUGGGGAAGCGGUUCAGACUCAACCUUGCAAACUCAAUGAAUGUCCAGAGUUAAGUCUGGUAGAUGAAAAUGGUGAAGCCGUCGGUGCUGGAGUUCUAGGGUUGCUGCUCAGCAAUGGAGGAACAGUUUGUGACGAUGAUUUCACUGAUAACUCAGCUGAUGCUAUUUGUAAAGAAAUGGGAUACUUCGGUCAAAUGAGCUGGUCAUUCGGUUCCAAGUGGGCCAUUCAAGCGGGGUUCGAAAUAACUCUCGACAACGUUGUCUGUAGCAGUGGUGAUUGGAGCUCAUGCUCGUUUGCAUUCGUUGACGAUUGUACUCACGGAGAAGAUGUGUUUCUACAAUGUGAAGGAGUUGGUGAGUCUAUUUUAGUUUCUUGA